GGUACGAUCGGUUCAGCGAAGGCCGUCGUCCGUGGUGGUUCGUGGUUUGUUUUGCUUUUGGGGGGUCAGAUCGAGGACGGGAAUUCCCUGCUGCAGCUACACUACUGCGCAUCGUCGUCGUCGUCGUCGUCGCUCUCGUUGUGUGGUGAUUGUGUUUCACUGUCAAGAGGUUAUCGGCCAUCGUUUCGUUCAGCAUGGCACGGUUUUGGUGGUGCUACGCACUGGCAUUCGGAUCGCUGCUGCUCUUAUCGUCCUUGUUGGCCUCCGGCCAAGCGCAAACCUGUGGCAGACGGAUGGUUGAUUUGAUGGCACUGAUCCACAAAGGAAACGCAGCAAAGACGGGCUACUGGCCGUGGCAUGCGGCCCUGUUUGAAAACAAAAUCCGCUCGUUCGAGUACAUGUGCGGUGGUUCGAUCAUUAGCCAAAACCUUAUCCUCACAGCGGCCCACUGUCUGAUGACGGAGAAGGGACUGAUCGCGGCGGAGCGUCUGUUGGUGCAGGUUGGCCGCAAUCGGCUGAAGCUGGCCGAUACGCGGGGCCAGGAGCACGAGGCACACCAGCUGAUCACCCACCCGGACUUCGAUGUCAACGAUCUGGUGCAUGACAUUGCGCUGAUCAAGCUCGCCACCGAUAUCUCCUUCACGAACUACAUUCAACCGGUCUGCCUCUGGGAUCGGAAUGUGGACCUGCAGGGCAUUGUUGGGACGAAGGGUUUCAUCGUUGGCUACGGAUUCGACGAUUCAGACAAGGUGUCGGACUAUCUGCUCGAUGCGGAGAUCCCGGUCGUCGAUAGCUUCACCUGCAUCAACAGCAACCCGGAAGCGUUCGGUUUGAAGCUGAAGGAUAAGAUGUACUGUGCGGGGGCACGGAAUGGUGUCAGUGCCUGCAACGGGGACAGCGGUGGCGGUAUGUUCUUCAGCUACGGCAACGUCUGGUACAUUCGGGGUUUGGUGUCGUUCAUACCGCUUCGCGAACAGGUGGCCCUCUGUGAUCCCAACCAGUACACCGUGUUUACGGAUGUGGCCAAGUAUUUGAGCUGGAUUCGGGAGCAUUUCCGACAGUCGUCGGGAUCGAGCGGUGGCGGAGGAUCGCCCGUACACUCGCCCGUCGAUCAGAGCGGUAAGCUGCGUCUGCUGAAUUUGGACGUUUGUGGCAAAAGCCGCUUCAUGGAUCGGGCCGAAUCGUCGAAACCGGUAUUCAUGGGCUACCCGUGGAUGGCACUGCUGGAGUACGCCGUCGAUGGGGAACGCGAAAAGCAAACGCUGUGCCACGGUACGCUAAUUAGCGAUCGCUACGUUCUAACCGCUGGCCACUGUAUCACGCAGCUGCCGAAACGAUACAGACUAACCACCGUCCGGUUGGGUGAUUAUGAUAUCAAGACGACCCGGGACUGUGCAUCGGUCAACGGGGAAGAGGAAUGUGCGCCUCCGGUGCAGACAAUGCGCAUCGAGUCGGCCAUCGUGCACACCGGAUUCAACACGCCCAAGUACGCCAACGAUAUCGCGCUGAUCCGGUUCCGCGAACAGGCCGUCAUCUCGCAGAGCAACGUCCAGCCAAUCUGUCUGCCGGUGAGCAACGAGUUGCGUAGCUUCAAACCGACCACCUACACUCUGACGGCGUGGCCAAUCGGUGGUAACGUGCUGGGGCGUGCGGAUCGUCAGGUCGUCGAUUCGGUCGAGUGUCAGGCGAACUACACGCGCUACUCGAUCACGCUGGAGAAAACCUUCCGACAGAUUUGCCUGAAGCAGGAUCAGAGCAGUGGAACCCGCUGUACCUUCCCGAAAUCGGCCGCUCCGUUGCAAACGAUACAGCAACUGAAUGGUGACAAUCGGUACGUCAUGCAUGGGUUGCUAUCGUACGGUCCGAAGGAUUGCUCCCAGGCGUACCCCGACGUGUACACGUACAUUGGGCCAUACAUGGAGUGGAUACUAAACAACAUACACGAAGCACUGACGCCAUCCCUGGAACCGGCGCAGUACAUCUGCUUCGUCAGCUUCUGUCCGAACGUUUCCCGGUUGCUCUCUACGCAGGUCGCAAAACUGACCACCGCAAACGGGUUGAAUGAAAUCCGUAAACUCAAUAUCAGUCGCCAGCUUGAUCAGCGCGAUAUCAUCGUGGACCUCGUCGUGCUCGAACUGCGGGUGAAUGAUGAAGCGAUCCGUUCCACACCAUUCAUUGUCAACGCAACAUUGGCGUCUUCACAGCGACUGCCGCAAGAUCACUUCUGUGGGGGGAAUCACACGGCUCACAGCAUGCGAUCGUGCUGCUGGCCCGGUGCUCGGGGAUUCCCUCUGUUUCCAGCGUUGAUUGGUCUCUUGGGCACGGUCCCGCUAGUGAUUGGCCUGCUCGAAUGUGGCGAACGAAAGGUGAAGACGGUCUACCUCGUCCAGCAUGGUCUCGAGGCCAAGGAAGGCCACUGGCCCUGGCAUACGGCCAUCUAUCAUCGCGAGGGUAACGAAUUCAGUUACGUCUGUGGUGGAUCCAUCAUCGAUCGGAACACGAUUCUAACGGCGGCACACUGUGUCAUGACCGAUCACGGGCCGAUUGAACUGGACCGGUUGUCGGUGCAGAUUGGCCGAAACAGGUUGUCCGUGGCAAGCGAACGAUCGCAGGAACACCAAGCGCUCGAACUGAUCCUGCAUCCCGGCUUCAACGUGAACAGUGUGGCCGAUGACAUCGCGCUUAUCAAGCUGGCCACCGAUAUUACGCUGACCAAGUACAUCCAACCGGUUUGCCUAUGGAACCAGGACGAUAAGUUGGAGCUGAUUGUCGGCAAGAACGGUACGAUCGUGGGCUUCGGUUUGACGGAGAACGAUCGCGUGUCGGACUAUCUGCGCCAGGCGGUGAUUGGAGUCGUCGACUCUUGGACCUGUCUGACGAGCGACCGGGAAGUGUACGGUCCAACGUUGACCAGCGGAAUGUACUGUGCCCGCGGUAAGGUCGGUGUUAGCGCGUGCAACGGUGAUAGCGGUGGCGGCAUGUUCUUCGAAUUCGACGGCACCUGGUACGUCCGGGGCAUCGUGUCGUUUAUGCCACUGCGCGAUCAAACUGGCUUAUGUGAUGGCACCAAGUAUACGGUGUUCACCGAUGUUGCCAAGUAUCGCGAUUGGAUCGCACAGUUCGUCAACGAAACGCAGGCAACCGAACGGCGGGAUCCGCUGUCGGUGGACAACAGCGCCAAGCUGCGGAUGCUUAACUUCAACGCCUGCGGAAUUGCUCCUGCGGCGGCGAAUGGAACGAACGGGACGUUUAUGGCCUACCCCUGGCUCGGGUUGAUGGUGGUGCAACCCCCGGGACAACGGCCACAAGGAUUGUGCCAGGUAACGCUGAUUAGCGAGUGGUAUGCCGUCGGUCCAGCCCACUGUUUCGCCAACGAUGGUAUGGAACGUACGGUUCGAUUGGGGGAAUACGAUACAGCGACGGAACCGGAUUGUAUCGAUCGCAACGGUAGCCAGGUAUGCGCUCCGUCGACACAAUCGCUACCCAUUCACAAGGUCAUCAUCCGUCCGGACUACAACGCGCUCGGUAUCACCGACGAUCUGGCCCUGGUGCAGCUUGGGCAACCGGCCGAUCUGACGGGUCCGAAUGUGAGACCCAUCUGUUUACCGGUGACGAGGGAGCUACGCAGCUACAAACCACGGAACUUUAUCGUGAGCAGCUUCCUACAGGGCUCCCAAACCACGCUCUUCCAGACGGAACCGAUCUACCUGAACUCAGUCAACUGCCAAGAGCGGUACAAAGCCAUCGGUCAUCCAUUGCGCAAAAGCCACAUGCAGAUCUGUGCCUUGCACGAACCGUCCUCAUCGUCGUCGUCGCAGAAUGAUACUAGUGCAGAGGUGGCGUGUCAGAAGAUGCUGUCCGGUGCUCCUCUUCAGGCCCGACAGGAGCUGGGCAGACGCGAACGGCACUUCCUGCACGGUUUGCUAUCGUUUGGACCGCGUGAUUGUGAUGCCACAGUGCCUGAAAUAUACACCAAUGUGGCCAACUAUCUGGACUGGAUACUGUACAACAUGGUGCCGUUGGAGGCUGAUAAGCCCGCUAUGCCAGGAAGAGUGGUCUUUCCGGAUGAUUAGCGGAACGCAUUGGAACUCAGCGCCUGCCGGCAUCAGUGUUUGCAUCGGUCAUACAGGAAAUGGAUAGCAAUGAAAGAAAAUUUCGCUGAAAUAUAUACAUAUCUGGUCAUUUAUAUU